ACCGAUGACGUCAUGUGAACGGAUCGCUGAAUGUCGUCACAGGCGGCCCUCGGCAGGUGACGUCACCUGCGUGCGCCACAUUUGAAUCAGCGUGGUCGGUGGUGGUGAGUUAGGCGAGUGUUGUUGACACGAGCGAUGGUGUUGACGAUGGUGACGAUGAUGGCGAUGAUGAUGGUGAUGAUGGUGGCCUCCUGAGCAAUGGUUCGGCUCCGCCAGGGCCUCUGCCCGGGCCUCACAGCCGACGUGGUGGCUGUGCUUCGGGGAAACAACAUCAGCACAGUUGCGGCGUUGGUGACCCAGGACAGCCAGAGUCUGGCUUGGACCACAGGAAUCCCCUACAAGACUCUGCGUGCUGUGCGUCGCGUGCUGCUGGCUCAGUUCGCCGCGUUCCCGAGCAGCGCGGCGGAUGCCUACGAGGAGCUGCUGUCGUGCACGGCUAUCCUUCCCACGGGCUGCUCGCGGUUGGACUCCCUGCUUGACUCUGGGCUCUACACGGGGGAGCUCACUGAGCUGGCAGGAGGACCGGCCACAGGGAAGACACAGGUGUGCCUGAGCGUGGCGGUCACCGUGGCCUGUGACUUGGGCCAAGCCGUGAUGCUGGUGAUGACCGGGGGGGCGGCCGGAUGCCUUGCCUCCCGUCUGCUCGCCAUGGUGCAGGGGAAGACGCCAGACUCUGGGGCGAGCCAGGUGGCGGCACUGCAGCGCGUGCAGGUGGCACGCGUGUUCGACGCAUUCGCUCUCCUGGAUCUGCUGCAGGACCUGCGGGCCCGGCUGGAAACACAGGUGCCGGUGACGCCUGGCUCAGGGGGCGCGGAUUCCUCUGUUCUGCGCCUGCUGGUGAUCGACUCCGUGGCGGCCGUGAUUUCGCCCGUGCUGACUACGGAGCGCCACGACGGACUGGCGUUGCUGAUGCACAUCGGCCGUGAGCUGAAGUCGAUCGCUAAGGAGCACGCGUUGGCAGUGCUGGUGACGAACUGGGUUUGGCGCGAGGACGGAGGACGUUCAAUGCCUAGCCUGGGCCGGGCCUGGAGCUUCCUGCCCAACGUGCGGGUGCUGCUCGAGAGGGAGGGCGAGCGCCUAGGAGGCGGCGUGAGGGCAGGAGGGGGCGGCUGUCACGGGGUCGGCCGUGAGGGGGGCGGCACGCUCGUCUGCCGCGCUACGUUGCUCAAGUCUUCGCGUCAGGCCACAGGCCAGUCCGUGAGCCUCUCCGUGGGAGCCCUCGGAGUGCUGGAUUCGUGACGUCUUCAAAAACUUUUAAAUCCUCUGCCGCCUCUUAGCGCGGCGAACGUGCGCGGGAUCGCAAUACAACUGCGUCUCAAGAUUCCGCAAAUUAUAUCUGGUGAUGUGACUGCUGCUGCUGCGUUGGCAGCGGUGCACAAGCAACAAAAGACAACUCUGGUCAAAGACAACUCCAUUGGUCAAUAACAACACUGUGGCCUUAACAGAAAACUAUAAUAGGUGACCUUUCAGGCAAUGGGCCUUCUUCAUAGCACGUGAAUGACCUCUUGCGACUUGUACAAGAGUUUGUACAACACCUGGGGAAACGAGGAGAAUGGAGAAGCCGAUGUCACGGUUCUUCCUGGGGCUGGCAGGGCCCCUGUGCACCAAGAGCCCCAGGCCCUAGCGGCUGGAGCAGGAACGGCAAUGGUGGUAGGUGGAGCGGUGGUGCAGCGGUGGUGGAGCGUUUACCAUGCUGCUCUACGAAUGCGGCGACCCAAAAUUCCCAC